AUGGAACAUCUUCAUAAUUCAUCUAGAUCUGAUUAUGUUAAUACGUAUGGUACGAAUCCAUUGAUUGCAUCAUCACCAGGUCAUCAUCAAGCAUCUAUGAUUUGUUGCUCAGCGAUGAAUCAACUUUUUUGUAUGGGAGCACAACCUUAUCAUCCAACACAAUCAAAUGAUGGCCGAAUUAAUAAUAUAUAUGCGCCAACGACGAUAUCAAUGCAACAGGAAGAUAUUCACCCAGGUCGAAGCAACCGGCCCGGGAAACGACCAGUUCCCGCGCAUUCCCGCGAUUUCACUGAAGCAGUAUUCCGGAUCGGGAAAUUUACGGGUUUUUCCUGUAAAUUCCGCCAAGUUCCUGGUCCGCUCAUUUCCGGAGGCCGGAAACAUCGUCCUGGGCAAUAUCGAUAUCCCGGCGAACAAGCAGGCGAAAUUCAAGCACGUACAACACAUUAUCAUGGAUCAUGUGGCAAUGAUCCUCAUCUUCAACAGCAACCAUAUUCAUGA